AUGGCGUCUGGUCCUGGCAGCAGAGCGGAAGAACAACCACCAGCACUGCCUCUCAAACAGCGCAGGAGCCAUUCCUCUAGAAACUCCAGUGUGGAGUCUGACUGUCUUAUAUUCAGCUCUGUUGGACUCCUGCAUCAAAACUACGCAUGCAACGAUGUCUUCCCCGAACCCACUGACUGUCAUGCAGCCCAGUGCCCCAUACACCAACGCUACGAUCCCUCCCGACACCUGGAGAGAUUUUUCUCAGAUGGCACCCCGCCGCCUGUUCCAAAGAAGAAGCUAGCCCGCACUAUCUCCCUCCCUGGCACCAAGGCGCCUCCACUCUGUCCUCCGUCUCCACUGCAAAGAUACCCUCAAAACUUUGACAACCCCCUAUACAUGCUGGCCCCCAUACCCAACAUCUACUUCCAUGAGGAGAUAGAAGAGUUUCAACCAAUCAGAGGGAGUCCUGUCUCCUUGCAGUCCUUCUCCCAGUUGUCCUUUGACACCCCAGAUGAGCAUCUGCCCCACCUCUUCAGCACCUUUGAUGACCAGAGGGUUGUUUCUCAGGGGAUUCAGCAUCGCCACCUUCUCUUUCUGAGAAGCAUGGCACAGAACAUGGAGGCUGGGAUCCUGCUGCGAGGAGAGGCCGCAGAAAGGGAAGUCAUCUCAUACCAGCCUGAGGAUUUCCUGCUGUGUGAGGGCAGCGAGCCAAAGCAGAUCGGCGACACGGUUUACUACAGCCUGCACAGCCCCAAGCUUCCAGGGAGGAUGCUUGGUUUAAGGGCACACAAGCAGACUGACGAAGCUUCCUCGGCUCACACCAAACACCAGCCAUCGCAUGUCAACGUGCAAGAUGUUAUUACUCAAUUCCAAGCAAGCAGCACCCCGAGGAGUGAAUCCAGCAUAUUACAAAACCAAGAUCCCUUUUUUCCUCUCAAGUCGGACUGCACUGCUGCUAAAUCACCAGGUGGAGGCAGCACUGAGUGUGCCACAGCUCAUGAGAACAUUAGUCUGCCCUCAGUUCAGUCUUUCCUCCAGAGAGGCCUCUCGGUGAGCGUUGAGAGAGACUUCCCACAAGCCACUCUGGAGGACUUUGUUCAGGACAGCAGCUCGCUGCAGAGCACAGAUUGUUUGGAUUACGACAGACAGGUAUGUGCUCUGUUGCUGCAGGUAUUAAUGGGCUCACAACAUCUGUACAACAUCAGCACCACUGCUGCUGAGCUCAGACCUCGGGGGAUCUUUUUAGUGUGGCCCAGCAGGGAGAAUGAAGAGGGAGAAAACAAGCUAGAGCAUGAUGCCUCUGAAAUAAAGAGCAGUUUCAAGACCAGCAGAUGGAAAGAUGAAAUGGAACGGGUACAGGCGGCGAAACAAGGAAAGAUCCAGAUGUUAUGGAAGACAUAUGGCUCCCCUCGUGUGGUGUUGACCCCGCUGUCAUCUGCUCUGUCUGUUCCUAACCCCCUCACCUACAUCAAAUCCCAGAUUGGAAACCUAAUUCAAUACUGCUUCCACUCACAGGAGAGCCAAACACCUCUGGGCUCAGCUCCAACCCUGUUCAUGUCCUCACACCGACAGGGCCUUCUCUAUCUGGCCUCUCUGCUCCAUAGUGACAGCAGCGGGCCACAGAUGGCCGACAUGGUGGCCACGCUUCAGGUGCUCCUCUGGGGGCCACGGGUCCCACUCUUCAAUCACAGAGGCUCUAUGACCACCGCCGUACACAACUGGCUGACGAUCAAGCGAGCCCUGCUGGUGAUGAAGUUGGCCGAGAGAGGGCUGAUCCAGGAUCAGUCAGCUCUCGACUGGGAGGACUGUAUGUGCCUGCAAUACCUGUCGUUUACAGACCCCGAGACAGUUGUGAGCGUGACCAGUCAGCUAUGGCUCACUCCGAAUACAGACAGUCCAUCUUGAAUUGAAGUCAUUCCCUUAAGGACUCAUGCUGGGUAGUUCAAGUGCAACAUAUAUCAAUCAGCCAAAACAUUAAAACCACUGGUGUGUGAAGUGAAUAACAUUGAUCAUCCCGUUGAAAUGCAAUGUUCUGUUAGGAAACCUUGGCUCUUGGCAUUCAGGUGGAUGCCACUUGAUGCACUUCACCUACCCAAACAUUGUUAUAGACCAAGUGCCAUCCCUCAUGACA